AGAACAGCUUUUGUAAUUGUUUAUGAGCAUCACCAUGCGUCAAAAAGAUCUACGCCCAGCCCCCGCUCUAAUUGAGUACAAGGGCAUGAAGUUCCUAAUCACCGAUCGACCAUCAGACAUAACCAUUAAUCACUACAUUAUGGAGCUUAAGAAGAACAAUGUCAACACUGUGGUGCGCGUGUGCGAACCCAGCUAUAAUACCGACGAGCUCGAGACACAAGGCAUUACUGUCAAGGACCUGGCCUUUGAGGACGGCACCUUCCCGCCUCAGCAAGUCGUUGACGAGUGGUUUGAGGUCUUAAAGGAUAAUUUUAGAAAGUCCACAAGCGCCACACUAUCCUACUACAAACAUAAGCGAUUCUCGCUUAGACACAUACCAAAAACAGUUCCACCAACAACAGCAACUGCAACUGCAAUAAGAACUUCAGCAACCAGAGCCAGUUUAUCCGCAGCAUCAGGUCGGGACACAGAUACAAUUCCCCUAACAGCCACAGAUAAUCUCAAUGAUACUGGCGAGGCAGCUUCAGCAAUUUAUAAUAAUACUGCAUUUCUUGAUAAUGAAACUUGUCGAUAUCAACAAAAUCCAGAGGCUUGCGUUGCCGUUCAUUGUGUGGCUGGUCUGGGACGAGCUCCUGUCCUUGUUGCCUUGGCACUGAUUGAAUUGGGCUUAAAAUAUGAGGCAGCGGUGGAAAUGAUUAGAGAUAAGCGACGAGGAGCCAUUAACGCCAAGCAGCUGUCCUUUUUGGAAAAAUACAAGCCAAAGGCGAGACUAAAGCACAAAAAUGGUCAUAAGAACUCAUGUUCUGUGCAAUAGAUUUCUAACACCAUAUGUAUAUUCCCACCAGACAAAAAGUGUUCAUUUUUUCAAAAACAAAAAAAAAAUGCAAGCGGGUAAAAAAGCGCGUACACAAAUAAGAAUUGAUAGGCAGCAAUCGGAAAAAUUGAACUAACCAAGUACCAGAGAGCCUAAAAAUAUGGACGGAGAUAUUGAGUUACAGCCCCAGUUAUUACUAAACCUCAAAUCUCAAAUUGAAAUGUAUUGGCAACAGUUGUGUAAUUUGUAUGUAUUAAUUAAUGUAAUUUAUUGUUAUUUUACAAUUCGAUUCAGCCAACCCACACCAAGCUAAAAUGUAACUACAGCCUAUAUAAACAGACUUAUACGCAUAUAUUUCAUUAUGAACGGCCCGAAUACCCCAUUAAAUGGUUGUAGAGGGCCUAUGAAAGUAGUUGAAAAAUAAACCACAUGCUUAAAUGUAAAAUCUAACAACAGCAA